GCGCGCGCGAUACAUCCGUCCCGUCCCCCCCCGCAUCGUAUCGGCGCCGUUGAUCGUAUCUACACACGCGGAAUGAGCGUUUAAUCGUGCGCGUGCGGCGCCAACGAGAGCAAAUACGGCGAGAACAAAAGAGAGGAGGAAAGAAAAAGAGAGAAAAAGAUGUCGAAAGCCGCUGACAGACAGAGCUACGCGCAAACCUACAAACUUGUCGUCGUGGGUGGGGGCGGUGUCGGAAAAUCGGCAAUCACAAUACAAUUCAUCCAAAGUUAUUUCGUAACCGAUUAUGAUCCAACAAUCGAGGAUUCUUAUACGAAGCAAUGCGUUAUCGAUGACGUGCCAGCCAAACUCGACAUAUUGGACACUGCUGGCCAAGAAGAAUUUAGCGCAAUGCGCGAACAAUACAUGAGAAGCGGCGAAGGAUUCCUUCUCGUGUUUGCCGUCACCGAUCAUUCAUCUUUCGAUGAGAUAUUAAAGUUUCACAGGCAGAUACUUCGGGUAAAGGAUCGAGAUGAGUUUCCUAUGCUGAUGGUUGGAAAUAAAGCAGAUUUAGAUCAACAAAGAAGUGUAUCAGUUGAGGAAGCACAAAAUAUGGCCCGUCAAUUGAAAAUUCCAUACAUCGAGUGCAGUGCUAAGUUACGGAUGAACGUUGAUCAAGCUUUUCAUGAGUUGGUGCGAAUUGUCAGAAAGUUUCAAUUGUCGGAGCGGCCACCACUAAAACCGAAUUAUAAGAAGAAUAAGAAGAAAUGUUGCAUGUUGUAAUAACAAACUAUUUAUCUUGACGGAUGAUUUAUAUUAACUGGAUUAUCUUUUUGAUGGUGAGUUUUAAUUCAGAAGGAAAAAAGGAUAAGCUAAAUGAUAAAAAUGGCACAAAAAGAUCUGAAUUUUUAUAAUACGUGAUAUGUCAGAAAUAAUUUAUGCUUCCAUGCAAGUAAAAUGUUUAAAACAAAAAAAUGUAGAUUCAGUUUUGAUAUUAAUUACUUACAAAUAAAAUACCAAUUUGUGCCUAUGUACUGAUAAUGAUCAACGCACAAAUGUUUUCUAACAUCAUUACGAUAGUAAAUGACAUUUUAAACCAUUUUUAUUAACAUAUAACAUAUAAGUAAUUUGCAAAAUUUCUGACAUGUUUGAAAAAAGAUUUUAAAUGUGAGAUAAUCAAAUCAGUCAUAAUUAAUCUUAAUUGUUUUUAAUGCCAUUGUAUCCUUUUUAAUUUAUAAUGCUCAGUGAAAGAAUUUAAAAAAAAUAACUUGUUUUAUACAAUAUAUGGCAAAUUAAUGUUGCUUUACAUAAAUUAGAAGCUUAAUAAUAAAUAUAAAUGAAUCAUUCUUGUAAUAAGUUUUACAGGAAAACACAUACAGUUUACUAUUGCUGAAUAGGCUAAAACAAUUUACCUGUAUUAUCUGUAACGCAAUAUAUUGCUUAAGAUGAUAUAUCUAAGUAAUAUAUAGCAUACUAUGCUAUAAUUGAAUUUAAUGGUAGACAAUCAUUAUAUGAUUUGUCCUAGAAUCAAUGUUUAAAAGUUUGCUACUGAUUGUCUGAUAUAUCAAUGAUCUCAAAUUGUAACAAAACAUAUAAUUUUGGGACAUCGAAUUAAAUAAGAAAAUAGGUUUUACUUUAAAGCAAGUUUGUAUGACAUAUUUGUACGAUCAAUGUUUUGGAAUGUAAAGGAAACGUUUCAUAUAUAUGCUAAGAAGAUGUAUAUGAAGAUAAUUAUAAUUAUGACACAUAGGGAUGUUUUUGCUUAUUAUUUUUCAUUUGUAGAAAAUAUUUUUAUUAGAAAUAUUAAUUAAAAUGAUUUACUUUUAUUUAUAUAUAUGAUUCAAUGAUUAUGCUAGCAAUAUAUAUUGUGUUGAUGUACAUAAUAUCGAAGCAUUUGAUAAAACAAUAGUUAAUAUUAGUAUUUUAUAAUAACGAAUUGAGACACAUUCUACUUAGGCACUUGUCGAAAAUACUCUUGCUCUAUUAUUAGCAGCAUUCUGAAUCAUUCUUGCUUUAAGUUGAGUCAUAAAGUCUAAUUGCGAAAAUCAAAAUAACGCAGUAAUAUUGCCAAACGAAUUAUCUAAUGUAGACCAAGCAAAUACUAUUUACAUUCAAAUUAUGUCUAUGAGAAUUGUUUAGAAUUAUCUUUAUAUUUAUACAUAGUAGUGGUUGAAAUUUUGUGCAAAUUGUUGUAAUAAUAAAAUCAGAAUGGGGCCAAUAACAUUUUUAAUGCAGACGAUCUUGUAUUUAAUUAAUAAUUAAUAAUAUCUUAAUGUUAUAUACUCUACAAUUCUGAUUGCACAUUGCGUUUAGCUUCUAAGUUGGACGUUGAAAUAACAUUAAUGGUUUCUAUAUUUAUAUACAUAUUCUUAUUAUAUCCAUAAUUAAAUGUCUUCCAAAAUCUGUUAUUCU